AUGGCAGCCAGGAUGGAGGUGACGCUGCGUGAGAGCAGGAUGAGCAUGGAAGACUACAAGAAGCUACAGAAUCUGUUCUUUGUCUCCCCGGGGUUGUCUCGCUCUUUGUCCAGAAGUGAAUUCAUCCGUCUGGCCUGCUCAACAGUUGGUCAUGGCUCCAAAGAGGAGUACGGCCUGUUGUUCGACUGCGUCGCUGUCAGUCAGGGGCACCACGACCUUUUCCCUGACAGCGAUUCUGUGAAGGAAGAGGGUCGGAUGAACUGGGAUGGGCUAUGCUCUUUUCUUCAGCAGGAUCUAUUUGAAAAGCUGAAGCACAGCAGAGUGAAACGCGUGCCUUACUGGAAGCCGCCUCGCACUCUGACCUGUCCCCAUAGAGACCCGGUCCAAAAGGUGUUGUACCUGCCAAGUUGGGGUCAGUACAUGACUGUGAGCAAAAGAGGAUCUGUGGGGCUGCGGGACCGCAGAGACAUGUCUCUUCUGAGUACCCAACGACUGCCUAACUGUACAGUCCGACCCAAAGACCUGUGGGUGACGGACGUGGUGCUGUUGCAAAACGUACACAAGAUAGCCGCGUCAUUUACAAGUAAGGAGGUAUGCUUUUAUGACAUAUUAUCGAAAGAGAACUUCAUCUGCCAAUAUAAAGUCCAGGGUUUAAGGUUUACUCCAUGGUGUCUGGACUAUUGGUCCAAUGCCUCCAAGCCAGAUCAGGCUAUCCUCACUAUAGGUGACAUCGGUGGACAGGUCAGCGUUUUACAUUUCACAUCAGUCCAGAUGUAUUUGUUUGAGCGGCGUCGUCUGUGGACCGACUCGGAUUCUGCGGUCAUCGUCCAAUGGGAUGAUGUGCUCAAAGGAAAGCAUCACUGCUGUCACAUUGUUCAACAUCAGGCACACAAGCCAGCCUGGGUGAGGAAAGUGCUUUACUUGGACUCACUGGAAGCCUUUGUGUCGUGUAGCACCGAGCCACAAAGCAGCAUAGUGAUUGGCUGGAAGGCGAAGGACAGCAAGCGCCUACAAGUGACCGCUUUGUUUACAAAAAGAGGAGUUUGGGACAUAGACUAUCACCAUGAACUUAGGAUGAUUGCCACUGCAGGUUUGGAUCAUCAGGUUCUGUUGUGGAAUGCCCACGUGACUGCCAAGCCAGUGUACAUACUCAAUGGACACGUAGCCCCAGUUACGGCGGUUUGCUUCCUGCAGAAGAAAAAACAACUACUAAGCUACUCCCGAGAUAAGGUUCUGUGUUUAUGGGAUGUUUCAAGUCAGCUCUGUAUUCAUCGCCUGGAUGCCGUUUUCCCAGCGACGCAGGAUGACACGCGCACACUCCUGCUCCUGAUCGAAGAGCGCCAACUCCUGCUGCUCACCUUCAAUAGCAUGCUUGUCUUGCUGGAGAGCACGAAGGAGGAGAUGAGGCCCGGCAGUCAUGAGCACCCUGUCACCUGUGUGCUUUACAACAGCCUUUUCAGACACGUAAUAAGCAGCGACACUGGCUCCUCUGUGAUCUGCUGGCUGGCUGACACGGGCCAAAAGGUUAAGCAAAUCCACCGUUGCCAUGGAAAUGCCGACAUCUCCACCAUGGCUUUGGAUGGCACGCAGACACGGCUGUUCACUGCAGGCAGUGAUGGAGAGGUUAAAGUGUGGGAUUUCAAUGGCCGCUGCCUCCACAGAAUGAACGUUGCCCUGGGCAAGUCUGCGGCCAUCUCGCAAAUGCUGCGGCUGAGGACAAGCCUCCUGGUCAUGGGUUGGGAGAGGAUGCUGACAGUAUUCCGCCGGCAUUCCUUCUCUAAGCUUCACGUUGACCCAUCAGAGUGGAAGGGCGGUGUUCAUCAUCGCGCUGAAGUUCUCUGUGCUGCCUUCCAACCUCCGCAGACUCUAGUCACAGGAAGCCGCGAUGGAGAGAUUAUAGUGUGGAACAACAACACAGAAAAAGCUCUGAGGAAACUACAGCUGCCGGCUAAACAUGAAGAAUUCAAGCAAACGAAGCAUUCCCUUGACACCAUCUCCACGUUGUCGUUUUUACAAGGUCGUACAUCUGCACAAAUAGCAAAAGGUGGUGCCGACUUGGUGUCAUGUGGCAGUUCUAGUCUGGUCAGGCUCUGGAACACGGUCCACGGCCGUCUACUGGGACACUUCAUGGCUCACGAAGCACAGCUGGGCUCUGUCGUCAUGAACGUCAGUCCCUGUGGAAAGCUUUUAGUCACAGCAGAUCGGGUGGGCACAAUCAAGACAUGGGACAUCGAGUAUUACUGCCUGGAGUCAAACGAGGAAGUGGUUAGUGAACCUCCACAAUUGCUGCGCAGUUUCCGCCCACACCAUGAUGGGGUUACGCACCUGCAUACACGUUUCCACGGCAAUCAUCUGCUCCUUCUGUCAGCAUCGUCAGACUGUCGUGUGGCCCUCAGCUAUCUGCCAGGAGACAUCAUUGGCUUUUUUGGACAGGAGGAGCAGUGGAGCAUCAUGAGGUCUGCAUGUGUUCACCCACAGCAGGACCCCUGUAAUGGUAGGCACCCUGACAACACAGCAGAAUGCGAGGAGAUGGAAACAGACAAGAAGCACGAUUGUGGAACAGAGCACAGAGUUUGUCUGAGUGAAUUAUUUCUAACCUAAGUCUCUUUGUACUUUAAGUUGUUUUUUUUGUUGAUAUUAUGGGCUUGAAUUUUUUUUCAUCAGUUAAAAUUACCGUUUCAAUUACUCGAGACUACAAACUGUACCAAGCUCAACAGAAAUUGACUUUGGGUGUUUGCGUUGUGACACAUUGACCAGAAACAUCAUCAAAGGGAUGAAGCUGAAAAAAAAUAAAAAAAUAAUCAAGUGCGCGCCAGUAAAUGAUGUGAACUAGGAUGUGUUGCUAUAAUUCCGGAAGGUAAAAUUUUGACAUUAGUUGGGCACUCAACAUAAAUGAUGGCAUCUUAAAGUCAAGUGAAAAGAUGUACUCAACUUGCGUCAGCAGUAGCAGUCUGGAGACAAGAUAAAUCUUGGUACAGGUCACUGUUACUGUACCAUUUAUCAACUGGAGGUGUGAUAUUAGAUCCUAAUGAGAUGUAAAAUCAAAACUAUAUGAUAGACUUGCUGGGAUACUAAAGUACUGGAGAAAAUAUAUUUAAUCCUUGAUGCUAUAAAACCCACCCUCUCCUAAACGAUCGGGGCUUGACCAUAUAACGUUAUAUAAAUUAUACACAUAUUAUAUAUCAUUCAAAGCAAUAUUUUAAUAUUUGUACUGCAAUAUGGAGCAAGGUUUCAACCUAGUGGGUAAUGAUUACUGGUGUGAAUAUUUUGUUUUAUGAAUGAUCCGAUACCAAUGAACUAAUUACAAGACAGGAAUGUUUUUGUAACCCUAUAAAAUUACUAUAUUUUUGUUUACUACAGUGGCUUUCAAUACAAUGUAGAAUUCUUCUCAAUUAUAUACUAAUAAAUAUGUUUAUUUUAUUGCAUUUAAAUGUUUUUCUUCAUGCUGCACGCUAGCAUAGUACUUAGCACAUCCCUCCUCCAAAAAAUAUAUGUAACAUGCAUUUCACAUUCUGAAAACAUAUGGUACUCUAAGUCAGGGAUAGGCAAUGACAGUGAGCCCUUACAGUGUAGUUUUAAGUUGUAAUAUCAGCAUUUACCACUAGAUGGCAGACAUGGCUUAGUUGCAUUUACACCAAGGCUUAUACUGCCCUUUAAUACAACGAGAGUAAACCUAAAAGUUUGUUGUGGAAUAGGACUGAAAGGCAGGAGUACCUCAAUAAAGUGAGUUAAUUUUACAUUGGGGAGGGGUGCAAUUUGUGGUUAUUUUAUAGCUCGCUUCAAACCCUUAUUUGUAGGUUUAGGAUUGAUUUGUAUGAUUUUUGUUGUUGUUGAUUGGUUGUGAGAAAUCAUGAGGUAAAUCUGGAAUGAUCAAAUAUCAUUGCUUACUAUUAUUUAAAUGUAACCUAUACUCUUCCUUAAAAUGAAUUUUCUUUUGUUUGGAGUGUGGUGCUCAGUGAGCUAUUCAUCAUGGGAAUGAUUGUGAGCACAACAAAGGUUAAUUUAGUACAAAUAUAUAAUAUACUUUAUAGUGGAGUUGACGGUUUUAUUACUUUGGAUGUUGUGGAGUCAGUGGUGUGUCUGAAAGUAGCAGUUAAUGAAUAGAUGUACCAGGCACAGUAUAUUGGCCUGGGUGCAGUUGAUUUAAUGACAUUAUUAAGUUGUUGCAUUGCUUUAUAUUUGUCUCUAGUGCAACUGUAGCGCUUCUUAUUGAUGCCUUGAAAUACAACUUUUCGAAAUAUUACACAAAUGCACACACCGGGAAAAUGAAGAUUAAAUAUUUAAAUCGCAGUCUCUGCUUCUACGUUCCAUCUUCACGAUCAGAAUUUAAUUUCCUGUCACUUUAAAAGAAACAGUGUUAUUGCUGAGAUUUUUUUUUUUUUUUACUGAGAUGUUUCAGUCACUGUCCCAGUGUUGAUGUGUGUAGGCAUGUGUGUAUGUGCUUAGAUAGGUCUUGAGAAAAGUUCAUCACGUAAACCAAUCCGCCAAAGCGAAAGAAAGAAAUCCUAGUCUACACACUUCAUCUGUGUGUGUGUGUCCAAUGCACGACUGAUAUUGAUGUGUCUGAGUGGUCAGUGUAAUCCGAACAAGUGCUCUUGUGACCAUGAGAGAUGAAACUGUGGGUCUCUGUCUCUCCAGAGGCCACUUUUUUGUGUUGCCUGUAAAAUCACUUCUACAACUAGAAAGUGGGGAAGUAGCAAAAUUGGAUGAAUGAGACAUCAGUAUAUCAUGCAAAAUUUCAAUGUACCUCACAAGGUAAUGCUUUCUCUACUACCUUUUACUGAAUUUACUGUUUUCAACCACUAUCUACUACAUUCCACCGUGGAUAUACUACAGUGUGCAUUGACAAAAUUAUUUUUGUAUUUAUUUUAUUUGAAUUGUCUUCUGUCCUUUCCUUAGUAGUUUAUCAAUGAGGCUGAACAAUGAUCAUGUAAAUCAGUGAGCUUUUAGGAAGAAGCUAAUCUUCCUCAUCUGGCUUCUUACGUAGACAAAGAAGAAGCGGACCAUGAAUGAAGGCAAAUUGAAAUUAACUCUGUGAUUAACGAGCAGUGCAAUACAAACUUUUUGGCUAGGUCGUUGUACUAUCGAUCAUCUUAAUCUUGAAUAUGUUUUUUUUUUUUUAAGUCUUACUCCUCAGUGGGAUACAAAUAUAUUUUGGAUUGGUGUUGAUUUGAUUUGCUUGCUACAGGAAGUGUGCUCUCAGAGUAAAUGGCAUUCAACAAUAUAACAGACAUAAAUCUCCAUGCACACCCCAUUUCCUAUGUGCACUGUAAUAAUGUGUGUCCAUAUUCUAUAAGUUAUUGUAAUUCUAGGUGUUAGAUCUAGUGUUUGCAAAAAAAAUUCGGUUUACUCAUUGAUGAUUUUAUUUCAGAAUAGAGGUGGUUUGCACGUUCUAUAAAUUAAGGGGCUUAGCUUUGUAAUAUUGCUUCAUCUGGUAAAAGGACACAUACAUCUCUAUUCUUAUAGUCAAUUUUAAAUAUAGCUUCAUUUAUAUGUAUGAGUUUUGUAGCAGGUGAUUUAGUUGGAGUCUCGAUGCACGUUGCAGCUCAGACUGCCGGGCUGCAUCAUAAUUAACAUACAUCAAAUUGUCAUGUAAUUUACUCCUCAUCCUGAUGUUGAU